GGGAGAGGCUAGAGGAGCAGAACAGGUUGAGGAAGUGUCUCUUGGGGUUCUUCAGCCACAGCAAGUGUCUCCACGGCUGAAUGGACGACAAAAAUUUCUAAGCAGCAUUUCUUACUUACUGAAAGGAGUCCAAGUGAAGAGAGCAAGAUGGUGUCUGCCCAGCUUCACUUCCUGUGUCUUCUCACACUUUAUUUGACCUGUGGAUAUGGCCAAGAAGGGAAGUUCAGCGGUCCCCUGAAGCCCAUGACAUUCUCUAUUUUUGAAGGCCAAGAACCGAGUCAAAUCAUAUUCCAGUUUAAGACCAACCCUCCAGCUGUGAAUUUCGAGCUAACGGGAGAGACAGAUGGUAUAUUUAAGAUAGAAAAGGAUGGACUUCUGUAUCACACAAGAGCCCUGGACAGAGAAACAAGAGCGGUUCAUCAUCUGCAGCUUGCAGCCUUGGAUUCUCGUGGAGCUAUAGUGGACGGUCCAGUCCCCAUCAUCAUAGAAGUCAAGGACAUCAAUGACAACAGACCCACGUUUCUCCAGUCAAAAUAUGAAGGCUCCGUGAGGCAGAACUCUCGCCCAGGAAAGCCUUUCAUGUAUGUCAAUGCCACAGAUCUGGAUGAUCCGGCUACUCCCAAUGGCCAGCUUUUUUAUCAAAUUGUCAUCCAACUUCCCAAAAUCAACAAUGAUAUGUACUUUCAAAUCAACAACAAAACAGGGGCAAUAUCGCUUACCCCAGAAGGAUCCCAGGAAUUGGAUCCAGUGAAGAAUCCUUCCUACAGCCUGGUGGUCUCGGUGAAGGACAUGGGGGGCCAGAAUGAGAAUUCCUUCAGUGAUACCGCAUCUGUAGAUAUUUCUGUUAGAGAGAACAUCUGGAAAGCACCAGAACCUGUGGAGAUUAGAGAAAACUUGACUGAUCCUCACCCCAUCAAAAUCACUCAGGUGCAGUGGAAUGACCCAGGGGCCCAGUAUUCCUUAGUCAACAAGGAGAAGCUGUCGCCGUUCCCAUUCUCGAUCGACCAAGAAGGAAAUAUUUAUGUGACUCAGCCCUUGGACCGGGAGGAAAAGAACUCACAUGUUUUCUUUGCAACUGCCAAGGAUGAGAAUGGAAAACCACUUGCAUAUCCACUGGAAAUUUAUGUGAAAGUUAUUGACAUUAAUGACAACCCACCAACAUGUCUGUCUCCAGUGACUGUAUUUGAAGUCCAGGAGAAUGAACCAUUGGGUAACAGCAUUGGGAACUUUGUGGCCCAUGAUAUGGACGAAGCUAACAGCAUCAACAGUAUUUUGAAAUACAAACUUGUAGACCAAACACCCAAAGUUCCCUCAGAUGGACUUUUUCUCAUUGGUGAAUAUGAGGGAAAGGUUCAGUUAAGUAAACAGUCCUUGAAGAAGCAAGACAGUCCUCAGUACAACUUAACUGUAGAGGUGUCUGACAUAGAUUUCAAGACUCUCUGUUCUGUUCAAGUCAACGUUAUUGAUAUCAAUGAUCAGAUUCCCAUCUUUGAAACAUCAAAUUAUGGAAGCAAGACUCUGUCUGAAGACACCGCCAUCGGAUCCACAAUCCUAAUCAUCCAAGCUACAGAUGCUGAUGAGCCCUUUACAGGGAGCUCUAAAAUCCUGUACAAGAUUGUACAGGGAGACACGGAGGGGAGACUAGAAGUUGUCACAGAUCCCAUGACCAAUGCAGGAUAUGUCAAGAUCAAAAAGCCUCUUGAUUUUGAAACUCAACCAGUUAGCAGCAUUGUGUUCAAAGCAGAAAAUCCUGAGCCACUGGUGGAAGGCAUAGAGUACAAUGCUAGUUCUUUUGCCUCCUUCGAGCUGAUUGUGACAGAUGUGAAUGAAGUGCCUGUGUUCCCCCGGCGAAUAUUCCAAGCAAACGUCAGCGAGGAUGCUGCUGUGGGCAGUAGAGUGGGCAACGUGACUGCCAGGGAUCCUGAAGGCCUGGCUGUGAGUUAUUCACUGAAAGGCAAUACGAGAGGCUGGCUUAAAAUCGACUCUGUCACUGGUGAGAUAUUUAGCGCUGCUCCGCUGGAUAGGGAAACAGAAAGUGUGUAUCGAGUACAAGUGGUGGCCACUGAAGUAGGUGGGUCCUCUCUGAGUUCUACGGCAGAUUUCCACCUGGUCCUCACAGAUGUGAAUGACAACCCCCCUCGCCUAGCUAAGGACUACACAGGCUUGUUCUUCUGCCAUCCCCUCAGUGCCCCUGGGAGCCUCAUCUUUGAGGCCACUGAUGAUGACCAGCAGUCACUUCGGAGGCCCAAGUUUACAUUCGCCCUUGGCAGAGAAGGCUUACAAAGUGACUGGGAAGUUUCAAAAAUCAAUGGUACACAUGCUAGACUCUCCACCAGGCACACACGCUUUGAGGAACAAGUUUAUAACAUUCCAAUCCGCAUCAAUGAUGGGGGGCAGCCACCCAUGGAAGGGAUUGUCUCCUUACCAGUUACUUUCUGCCGGUGUGUGGAAGGAAGCUGUUUCCGGCCAGCAGGCAGACAGGAUGGGAUACCCACUGUGGGCAUGGCAGUUGGUAUACUUCUGACCACAUUUCUGGUCAUUGGUAUAAUUUUAGCAGUUGUCUUCAUCCGCAUAAGGAAAGAUAAAGUUGAAAAUCCGCAGUCCCCUGAGAAUAAACCUCUGAGAAGCUGAAUUUGAAAAGAAAUGGUCAAGUCUGUGCACCAAGCACUAUAUCAAUGCCUCAGCUGUUUAAUUUCAUCCAAAAUGUGAACUAUAAUUGGUAGAGUUUAUGCAUCAUGGGCUAUAUCUGGUCCCCAGCUGUUUAAUCUCAUAAUUUCAUCCAAAAUGUGAACUGUAAUUUCUCUGAUGGCAUGCCCUUCUUGUCCUGCAACAUUUUAUGCUACUUAGAUAUUUUAUGUUCUGCAGACAUUAGAGUUAUUCUCCAUUUCCCCAUAACAUUUUCCUCCUUUACAAAAGCCUUAGCUUUAUAACUUGAACCUUCCCCUCUGGGCAGGAAGAGGAGCUGAGUACACACCCUGUGUGUUGUUGCUUCAGAGACAUAGCUAUUAUCUAUCACCAAAUUUCCUAGGUUCCACUUAUCCUUUCUGUUUCAGCCUGUGCUCCUUCAUCUCUUAGCAUUACACUGAAUUUAAAAUGUGUCAAACAGAAGAACAAAGUGAAGUCCUGGUUGGGGGUUGGCGGGUAAGUGGGUGCCUUGUUCUUUAACAUGGGCAACAGCUUCUCUGUGCUGUUAAUGUCGUUAAUGGCGGUCCUCCAACUUGGCUAUGGUGUAGAUGCUGGUGAGGUUAUCAAAUUCAACUGCUCUAUUUCAAGAAAGAUCUACUUCCUACAGCACAGGAACUGGGGAGCUGUCUGGUUUACUCACUACCACAUGCUUACAUACCUGUUGUACACGUUUUAUUUGUAUAUUGAAGUUUUGUUAUAUAUUUAUCACAUGGAGGAAACAAGAAAGCAUGAAAGUGGUAAAGAGAUCAGAAAAAAUGUUGGUUUCAAUUGUUUUUA